UUCUCUGUUUAUUUUUCUUUGCCAUAUACGUUAUAGCUAUACCUCUAAAAUACGCUUUAGCUGUAUCCCACACGUUUUGUAGUGAUGUAUCUUCUUCUUUAUUUUCUUUAAAGUUUUAAAGUGAGUUUUACUUCUGAAUGAGAGGGGUUCAGCUGAUGUAACAUCCCACACACAGUUUGUGGGAGUAAACCCAUUGAACUGCCUAGGAUUUACACAUGAAUAAACAAGACAAUUUGCAUCGUGAUCCCAGCAACCUCUUCCAGCAAUUGGUUUAAAUUUUGCAGCCACAGUGUGUCCACUGCGCAAUGCGCAGCACAUGAGAAUCAAUGCUGCGAUUCUUUUAUUUGCUUCUAAAGGGGCCACCAGACUUUCAGUUGUUUUUCUGCACCUUCUCGAGCCCUCCAGUCGUCAUUGCAUCGAUAAAACCAUUAUAAAGUCUGACUUUAUAGCACUUCACCUGGGUAUCCUAUGCAGAGACUCUAUUAAGUCACAGGUGCGGAAAUUACCUUGAAAAACCUCCGUGCAAAAAAAAAAAACAACAACAAAAAAUAAAAACCCCGACCGCAAGACACCUUCACAAGGGCCCUUGAAGUAAAUUUUCUGCAGAAAAGAACAGCAAACUAAACAAUGGAAAAGCCAGAAACGGAUACCCCAGAAAGUAAGAGUGAGCCCGCCCACCUACUGCUGGGUGGAUUACUCUGGCCCAACCGUGCGUGCCCCCCCCGCGCAAGAUUUGCUUCGAGGAAGUUGAAAACCUCGAAGUUUUCUCUUUCAAGCCACGCACCCCCCCCCCCGCUUUUUGCACCGGGAGAUGCAGUUCAAAAUGGAAAUACAGUUUGCAAACAAACAACAAACAGCUGGAAAUUCCCUCGUUGCUGUUUUGAGAGAGGGUGCGUUCCGAUGGGGGGGCGUGAAAGACGCGGGGGUGGGUUGUAAAGAGAGAAAUGAACAGCGAGGCAUAAGGAACUGGACGCACUUUGCCUUUAACGGGCGGAGGUCCAAAACGUUGCGCUCUCCGGCUCCGGCGGCGUAACAAUAUGCCCACGUGACUGCUAUGAAAGUUUUCCGAACAGGCAGGCGCGGAGGGAGGGGAGUAACUUCCAAAGGCGCUUGAAGGUGCCUCGAGUCAAUCGCACGCCGGACCGGAGCCGGAGAGCGGGAUGUGAAGCGAAACCGAUCCGGUGGGGUCUCCUCAACAGCUGAAACCAAACGGGAGGGCUUCGUUUCUCUCUUUUGCAACGCUCUUCGCGCCGAGGGAGACCCCACCUCACCCCACCUCCAGCAGCUCCCAAUCCAACCGACUCCUUCAUGCUCUGUCGACUUCGCCCCCUUCCCAGCUUUGGGUGACUUCCCCCCCCCACCUCGUCUUUCCUUCGGGCGCAGAACCUCCUCCGAUCGCCGAGGCGACGCUGCGCUCCAACAUGCCCGAACAGCUUAGCGUCUCGGAGUUCGUGGCCGUCACUUCGGAGGACCUCAGCUCGCCGCUGGUGUCCGGCUUCGCCGCCAAGAUGCAGAAGUGCCGGGGCGCGGUGGGGGCGCUGGAAGAGAGUUUGGAUGGAGACCAAGCCAUUCUUCAGCGGAUCAGGAAAUACGUUAAAGCGAUUCAUGUUUCUGGGCUCACUCAUGUGGAGAAUGAGGAACAAUACAGCGAAACUCUGGAGAACUUUGGCAAUAACCAUCUUUCUCAGAACAAUCACGAACUUUCCACUGGCUUCCUCAACCUUGCUGUUUUCACCAGGGAAGUGACGGCUCUUUUCAAAAACCUGGUGCAAAAUCUGAACAAUAUAGUCUCCUUUCCUCUGGACAAUCUUUUGAAAGGGCAGCUGAAGGACACCCGGCUGGAUUCCAAGAAGCAAAUUGAAAAGACUUGGAAGGAUUACGAGACCAAAGUAGCAAAGCUGGAGAAGGAGAAGGAGCGAGCCAAGAUAUCUGGAGUCAUCCAGACUGAACCUUCAGCCACGGAAAUCACGGAGGACCUGCAGAAGGAACGCCGCACUUUCCAGCUGCAGAUGUGCGAGUAUCUUCUAAAAGCCAACGAAUGCCAAAUGAAGCAAGGGCCAGAUUUUCUGCAGAGUCUCAUCAAGUUUUAUCAUGCGCAACAUAAUUUCUUCCAAGAUGGCUGGAAGGCAUCUCAGAACCUCUACCCAUUCAUCGAAAAACUAGCCGCCUCCUUACAUGCACUUCGCCAGGCUAAGGAAGAAGAGGUAAAACAGCUCACUCGGAUCCGGGAUUCUCUCCGAGGCAUCCUGCAGCUGGAGAACAAAGGGGAGAAUCUCAACAGAAAGAACUCUGGCAGUGGGUACAGCAUCCAUCAGCAUCAAGGCAAUAAACAGUACGGGACUGAGAAGUCUGGUUUCUUAUAUAAAAAAAGUGAUGGAAUUCGGAAGGUGUGGCAGAAGAGAAAGUGUGGAGUGAAAUACGGAUGUCUCACUAUUUCUCAUAGCACAAUAAACCGUCCGCCAGUAAAGUUAAAUCUCUUGACUUGCCAAGUGAGGCCUCAUCCAGAGGAUAAAAAAUCCUUUGAUCUUGUGACCCACAAUAGAACAUACCACUUCCAAGCAGAAGAAGAGCAGGACUGUAUAGUGUGGGUUUCGGUGCUCCAGAACAGUAAGGACGAAGCCCUUAGCAAUGCUUUCAAGGGGGACCCAGGAGGUUCUGUGUCUUCAGCGGGCGGCAUGGCCAACAGUGGAUUGCAAGAACUCACCAAGCUCAUCAUUGACGAAGUGAAAAACAUGCCAGGAAAUCGAUGGUGCUGUGACUGUGGAGCCCCAGAUCCUACCUGGCUCUCCACCAACCUUGGCAUCUUGACUUGUAUUGAGUGCUCAGGGAUUCACCGUGAGUUAGGGGUUCACUAUUCCCGCAUCCAAUCUUUGACACUAGACGUGCUCAGCACAUCGGAAUUGUUGCUGGCAGUCAGCAUUGGAAAUGCCAAGUUUAAUGAAGUCAUGGAAGCCACCUUGCCAAUCCAGAACAGCCCCAAACCUUCUUUGAGCAGUGAUAUGAAUACCAGGAAAGAAUUCAUCAUGGCAAAGUAUAUGGAACGCAAGUAUGUCCACAAAGUUACCAAGGAAGAUCCUUAUCGAGUUUGGGAAGCUAUCCGAAGCAGGGAUCUCUUGGCACUGCUUCAGGCUUUUGCUGAAGGCCAUGAUCUGUCCAAACCUCUUGUGAGUCCUGAAGGUCAGGAACAAGGUGAACCAGCCUUGCAUUGGGCAGUACGCUACGCCAACAAAACUUCCCUUCCGUUGGUGGAUUUCAUUAUUCAGAAUGGGGGAAAUCUGGAUCGACCCACUAUAGAUGGGAACACAGCCUUACAUUAUGGAGUCCAGUAUAAUCAGCCCAAUUGCAUCAAGUUGUUGCUGAAAGGGAAAGCUUCCACAAAUGCAGUAAAUGCAGCUGGUGAAACGCCUCUAGAUAUGGCAAGAAGAUUCAAGAACGCUGAAUGCAAAGACUUGCUGGAGCAGGCCCAGGCUGGGAAGUUGGCUAUGCAUGUGGACUACGACUGGGAAACUUCUCAGGAGUUCUCGUAUGACAGUGAAGAUGAGCUAGAUGAAAAGAUUAGCCCACUGCAGCGAUCUUUUGGGUCUUCACCAUCUCCAACCACCGGCCAGCCCACUCUCUUCUCUUCAAAUCGGUGGGGCUGCUCUGGCAUGGAUAUCAGCAACAAGACCUACGAGACCAUUGUGAUCCCUUUGCAGUCUGGUCAGCGAAACUCAACCAGUGAGAAGACCCCACCACCAUUGCCACUCAAAAAGCCCCCCAAAGGGAGCAGCAAACCAAAACCAGAUGCCUCUGAAUUACUACCCCAUUCACCAGACAGCCCCAACAUUUGGAACUCAUCCAUUUCCAGCAUCUCCAGUGUAUUGGAGGGUGGGCCAUUCCGGCAAUCACCCAACUUCCGUAACUCUAUGGAAGUCAAAGGCACAGCCUAUUGGGAAACCUGUUCUGAUGCCGAGGGUGCCGCCCAACGGCGAAGAUCAGAGCCUGUCCAGAUGAUAGCUCUGCAGCCUUCCCCUGGAACCUCUCCUGAACCAGGACAAAUGCCCCCAGUCAGGUUCAGCCAUUUUCCCUGCAUGUCGCAUGAACCAGGCUGUUGCAUUAAGCCUUCCAUAGCAUGGUUGUUUUGCUUACAUAUCACAUGUCACAUGAAACCAGCUGGUGGAGAAUCCAGGCCAGGUAUGGAGCUUCAUAUGUUGUUCACAUGUCUGAAUCAAUUGCCAUUGACACAAUGAUAGUUUUCCCUAUGAAGACGACCAGUAUUUAAUUUCUCAAAUAAACAAACAUACUGUAAUAUUUUUACAGUAUUUGUAAAGGAGGGGCGUUGAGGAGAAUCUUCAGUAAUCUGGCAGCUUGCUGUAGUCAAACACCACUAUAAAAGUUAUAUAUAAAUAGAUCCAAAAUUAGGCCAUAUGUGCGUUGUUUCUAAUAUUACUUCCUUUUAAUAGUAUUUAUUAUAUCUAUUUAGGCUUGCACCUUCUAGUCAUUCAUAUCUAUAAAAGCAUAAUCUCUCUCUUCAAAAAAGUAGGACUUCUUUUUAGUUUAGAUAUUAAUUCAAAAUUGUAACUUGAGAAGAUAUCCUCCCCAUUCUUCCUGCUUGCACACAUACAUUAUUGUAACAUCUGUACCAGAUGUGGGUUCUAUCCUCUACUAUAGGUUUUGCUGAUAAAUCGGCAAGGAGAAACAAAAUAGGCUUUUGACCAAGUCUUUGACCAAGCAUAAAAAGGAAAGUGAUUGAGGAAAGAAAAGGAACAUGAGAAUAAACAAACAAACAAACUAGGAAUCAAUUCUUAAUGUUUGGGAAUUUCUGCAAUGAUGAUUUAUGAUGAGAAUGGGUUGCAAAAGAAGAAAUGGAGAACGCCAUCAUUCUCAAAGCAGAUUCUUUUCUUCUUCACAGAAAGUCACUUUCAGAUACUCUGUGAUGAAGCAGCUCUCCUGCCUAUCUAGUUAACAGUAGUAACAGUGGCAAUCCUGAACAGCAGUGACUGUUUGUUAUACUUUGCUGUGCAUUUUCUGAUUUGUUCCACUGAAAUGUUUCAUAGUCUAGCAUGCUCCUGGCUUGCCGUCUCACAUCUUCCCUGAUCUGCCUACUUCCUGGUUCCAUCUGUUGCAUGUCUUCCUUAGAGCUCACCACACUUUGGCAGGAUUCAUAUGUCAGGCUAAGCCACAAUGUGGCUCUUUCGCUUUUGUCUUUGUGUGGUGUUCAGAAGCAUGGCUUGGAAGUCAGUGCUUAUGGCAUAGCAUUCUGUCUGAAUUUAAAUUCUGGGACCUGUUCAAUGGUACAAGGUUAAACACUACAGCUUAACUCAACAGAAGAACCUCAAUCAUUGUGCUUGGUCAAGUGACUAUUGGAGAAUGGAAGGGUUAGAAAGCAGCUCGGGGAUCAUCUACCCUUCUGCUCAGUGGAGGAACCCACCACUGGAGCAUCCCCGAGAAAUGGCCAUUAAGUCAUUCUUCUGAGGAAGUCUUAAACCACUCUUACCAUGAAGGUGAGAUGGACCAUGAGCUUAGGCGGUCUAUUCCCCAUGCUGAACAGGUAUCCCUUUCGACAGUCUCACAUGAGAAGGAACUCCCCACCACUAGAAAUGAUUUCUGAGACAGCUUCUUUUCU